UAACAAACAGAACAGUAGCUAUACUCACUUGGAUAAGAGAAACAUGAAAGUAAUCAUUUUAUUUGUUGCUGUAGUGUUAUUGAUCCACGUUGUGACAACCAACGCACACCACGAGGAAUGUCAUGGAUGUGAGAAAUGUGACAAGUGUCACGGCUGUGAGAAGUGCCAUAAGUGUGACAAGUGUCACGGCUGUGAGAAGUGUGACAAGUGUCACGGGUGUGAGAAGUGUCAUGGACACUGUGACUGUAAGUGUAAAUGUCACAAAGGUUGCGGUCACGGCAAGAGUAAGAAGUGUUGUUGUCACAGUCACCACCAGAGCAGUGUCAGUCUCAAACACGGCGGCAAGAGCAGCAGUCUGGGAGGAGGAUUCGGAUUGGCUAUCGUCGGUUUUGGCGGGAAAUAGACGUCUGCUUCUUUCAUCGAGGCUCCAGGUCUUUGACAGAUUUGGAUUUGUUGGUUCUUGUUACGUUGUUACAGCUGUACAGAAAUAAAAUGUUGUUACACAUAUUGGCUAAACAUG